AUGCAUCACGUGGCUGACUCACCGCCUUCGCCCGAUCAGGCAGUCACAUCAGGUGGAGCCUACGCUAGUCCUAAUACGGUCUUAGCGUCCCGUGCCCACCGCUUCCGUUUAAGUACGCGGGGUCCAGCUCUUCUUCUUACUCUUACUCUACUUACUCUUACACUCUACACUCUACACACUCUCGCAACAUCCUCCAUCUACGCCUCUGCUGAUAUCAAGCAUACACCUACAGCCUCGUCUACACACUACAGCCAGCACCCGCCAGCAACCAUGCGAUCGAAGUUCAAGGACGAGCACCCGUUCGAGAAACGCAAGGCAGAAGCCGAGCGCAUUCGACAGAAAUACGCUGACCGCAUCCCCGUCAUCUGCGAGAAGGUCGAGAAAUCAGAUAUCGCCACCAUCGACAAGAAGAAGUACCUCGUCCCCGCAGACCUGACCGUCGGACAGUUCGUCUACGUCAUCCGCAAGCGCAUCAAGCUGUCCCCGGAGAAGGCCAUCUUCAUCUUCGUCGAUGAGGUGCUUCCACCCACCGCCGCUCUCAUGAGCAGCAUCUACGAAGAGCACAAGGAUGAUGACGGCUUCCUGUACAUCACAUACUCCGGCGAAAACACAUUCGGAACGUUCGCUGAGCUGCAAUAA